AUGCCGUACAAUAUCGCCAUGGCCUGCGACUUUUUCUUCCCCCAGCCCGGCGGGGUCGAAAGCCAUAUUUACCAGCUAUCAACGAAACUAAUCGACCGGGGCCAUAAGGUUGUGGUCAUUACUCACGCGUACAAAGGCCGGACUGGAGUACACUACUUGACAAAUGGCUUGAAAGUCUACCAUGUUCCCUUCUUCGUCAUCUAUCGAGAAACGACGAUGCCCACCGUCUUCUCCUUUUUCCCCGUCUUCCGAAAUAUUGUCCUCCGGGAGCAAAUCCAGAUUGUCCACGGCCAUGCCAGUCUCAGCAGUUUCUGUCAUGAGGCCAUCCUCCAUGCUCGCACCAUGGGUCUGCGCACUGUCUUCACGGACCAUUCUCUGUUUGGAUUUGCGGACGCGGUCUCCAUAUUGACCAACAAAUUGCUCAAGUUUGCCCUGAGUGACGUCGACCAUGUCAUCUGUGUGAGCCAUACCUGCAAGGAGAAUACCGUCCUCCGGGCGUCACUCGACCCCUUGAUGGUGUCCGUCAUACCAAACGCGGUGGUUGCCGAGAAUUUUCAGCCCCGAUCAUACGUGCCCAAGUCGCAAGACACGGGGUAUAUGAGACCCAGACCAAUCCCUCAACGCCUCGGCCCGGGUGAUACCAUUGUUAUUGUGGUGAUUUCUCGUCUUUUCUACAACAAAGGGACCGAUCUUUUGAUUGCCGCGAUUCCGCGGAUUCUGGCCGCCCAUCCAAAUGUGCGCUUCAUCAUUGCUGGUUCCGGCCCCAAGGCCAUUGAUCUGGAGCAGAUGCUCGAAAGACGAAUGCUUCAGGACAAGGUGGAGCUCCUGGGGCCUGUCCGGCACGAAGAAGUUCGCGAUGUGAUGGUCAGGGGCCACAUCUACCUCCACCCUAGCCUGACUGAAGCCUUUGGAACUGUCAUUGUGGAGGCGGCCAGCUGUGGUCUGUAUGUGGUCUGUACCAGAGUGGGGGGCAUUCCAGAGGUUCUGCCCGCGCACAUGACAACAUUUGCAAAACCGGAAGAGGAUGACUUGGUUCUCGCCACGGGCCGGGCGAUAGCGGCACUCCGCUCCGGAAAGGUCAAGACGGAACGAUUCCACGACCAGGUCAAAAUGAUGUAUUCCUGGACCGACGUUGCGCAACGGACGGAAAGAGUCUACGACGGAAUCACCGGCGCCAUCAGCGAGCAAGAAUUUUAUGGCCAACAUGCCAAUCCGAGUUGGAACGCUUCUCGCCGACGAGGGUAUGCUUUAAUAGACAGAUUGAAACGAUACUAUGGCUGCGGCAUCUGGGCCGGCAAGCUCUUUUGCCUGUGUGUCAUCAUCGACUACCUCAUAUUCCUCUUUCUGGAAAUUUGGGCGCCGAGGGCGAGUAUUGACAUGGCACGAAGCUGGCCUCGCAAACCCUUUAUCAAUGACAAGAACAAGCCAGUGGAGAAUGGCAUGUUUCGUCGAAGAGGCACAGAUCUUAUGGAUCGUCGAAAUGGCAGCUUGAUGAUGAGAUGA